AUUUUCUUCUUUUGGUGUUUGUUGGAGCACAUUCAUCAUUAACCAGACGGGGAACAGAGCUUUACCUGCAUCUGCACUCAGUUCUGCUGUAACUCCCAGCUCACCAUGAAGAUAAUCACAGCAGUCACCCUGCUAAAUGCUUUGCUUUUGUGUUUGUUACAGCCCUCUUUAACAAAAAAUGUGUUCCUUGAAAAAAGAGAAGCUGACUCCAUGCUGAUGCGCCAUAAGAGGGCCAACAGCAAAAUGACACCCUUUGAAGAGUUACGAGCUGGUAAUCUGGAACGGGAGUGCUAUGAGGAAGUCUGCAGCAAAGAAGAAGCACGUGAGGUCUUUGAAACACCAGCUUUAACUGACAUAUUCUGGGCAAAUUAUACAGAUUGUGAGUCUUUCGUUUCUAAAAACAGGACCCAUCUGGACACAUGUCUGUCAGGACUAUGUGCAGUGACACAAAUUGGUACAAACUACAUAGGUAAUAUUUCUACAACCAGGUCAGGAAGAGAAUGCCAAUACUGGAACAGCAAUUUCCCUCACAAAUCAGAAUUUAAUGUAAUUCUACACCCAGAACUGCAAAAAAAUUUUUGUCGAAACCCUGACAGGAGCCCUAAAGGCCCCUGGUGUUAUACACGAGAUGCUGUCACGAGACGAGAAGAAUGCGUCAUUCCCAUUUGUGGUGCGCAAGGGACCACUUCCAAAGCAGUUACGAACUCUAUAGCACCGACUUCUCCUAAAGGGGAGUGUGUACCAGACAGAGGAAUGCGCUACAAUGGGACUUUAAAUGUCACUAUUUCUGGGCUCAAUUGCUUAGCAUGGAACUCUCCAAAAGCUUUAGAAAUUGGAGAAAGGGCCAACUUUCCAAAAGAUUUCAUCCUGGAGAAGAAUUAUUGUCGGAACCCUGACAGUGAUGAUGACGGGGUCUGGUGUGUUGUCGAUUCCCCAAACAAGACAAUCGACUACUGCAACCUGCAUUACUGUGGAGAAACCUCUUUGAAAACAGAUGGUGCUGAAGAAACAGAUAUUGGUGGUCGAACUUCAAUUCAAGAGCGAACACUCUUCUUUAAUGAGAAAUUCUUUGGAAAGGGGGAAGCAGACUGCGGCAUUAGGCCAAAAUUUGAAAAAAGUAACAUAAAGGACAAAUCGGAGCAUGAGUUACUAGAGUCCUAUAUUGGUGGUCGAAUUGUAAAGGGCGUGGAUGUGGAAUUUGGCAGUGCACCAUGGCAGGUGAUGCUGUUUCGAAAAAGUCCGCAGGAGCUCCUGUGUGGUGCUAGCCUCCUAAGUGAUCAGUGGGUGUUAACAGCCGCACACUGCAUUUUUUACCCUCCCUGGGACAAAAACCUCACAACUAAUGAUAUUCUUGUCCGUAUUGGAAAACAUUUACGUACAAAGUAUGAAAGGGGCCAGGAAAAGAUUGUGGAACUGGAUCAAAUUAUUGUUCAUCCUAAAUAUAACUGGAAGGAAAAUAUGGACCGCGAUAUUGCACUCCUGCACCUAAAGUAUCCCAUUGAGUUCAGCAUAAACAUACAUCCGAUCUGCGUAACCAACAAAGAAAUCGUUCAGAGUCUUAUGGUAGCUGGCUAUAAGGGACGUGUGACCGGAUGGGGUAACCUGAAAGAGGUGUGGGUUAGCUCACCUAGCAACAUGCCUCAGAUUCUUCAGGAAAUCAACUUACCCAUUGUAGACCAGGAUGUGUGCAGAAGCUCAACCAAGAUCCCCAUUACUGACAACAUGUUCUGUGCAGGUUACUCCUCUAAAGAAAAAGGUAGUGGUGAUGCUUGUGAGGGAGACAGUGGAGGUCCUUUUGUCAUGAAGAAUCCAUUAGAUGGUCGCUGGUACCAAGUUGGAAUUGUUUCCUGGGGAGAAGGAUGUAACCGGGAAGACAAAUAUGGAUUUUAUACUUUCCUGUUUAGGCUCAGAAAAUGGAUGAAAAAAGUUAUGGAGUCCUGAUAUGCCAUUCCUUACUAAGAAGCAAAGAAUUUUCCUCUAUUUUGUCUUUUUUAUAAUUGUAUAUUUUUUCUGAAAUGUAUGAACUGUGACAACAUACAGAAAAAAAAGCACAGGUGCUGUUUUGCAAUUAAGAACUCAAAUCUAUUACUAAAAGUAGUUCUAAUAUUCAUUUUUGUUUCUUUUUCCUUUGUACAAAAUAAACAGUUAAUUUACA